AAAAAAAAAAGAGGAAAUCCGAACCCUAACCACGGCAUGGCAGAAGUACCCGGCGGCGCGCCUGCGUAGGCAUCCAUCCCGGCGCCGCGGCAACAUCCUCGCCCCUCUUUCCUCAGCGCCCUGUCUUGGCGGCAGACCGUGCUUGGCGGCCUCCAAGGCCACACCAGGCGAGCGUCGCCGUCUCCUCCCGUUUUCCGUCGCGCCUGCAGAAACUGAGCGCGAGCGUCGUCGAGCCACAUCGAACACCAACACGCGACAUAGGAUUUAAUCUGGAUUCUGAAGCAAUGAGUACCUGCAAAAAGACCAGGGCAGAAGCUACAUCUGUUGUGAGUUCAGACAGACUGAGCAGUCUACCUCCAAAGAUAAAGGGCAACGUCCUCUCCCGUUUGGAUGUCAGAGAAGCGGUUAGGACUAGCACCUUAUCAAGUACUUGGAGGGAUGCAUGGACAAAUAUGCCAAAAAUAUCUUUGCGCGAUGGAAAUUUUACGCGAACCAGGUUCGUUACGUUGGUCGAUAUGGUGCUAGCACUCCACAUGGGAACCAUAGAAGAGUUUGAUAUAUCAAGUGAAAAAAGUUACCACGAUGAGUUCGCUAGGUGGAUGCUCAUGCUGUCAAGGAGAUCACCAAGGUCAGUUACAAUCAAGUUGAACUCAGGGCCAAGGUAUAAGAUUUCCUCAUGCGUCUUUUCCAUCGGUGAUUUGAAGUUUCUGCAACUGGAAAACUGCAUCAUCAGCUUGCCCCGGGCAUUCCAAGGUUUCAAGAGCCUAACCUACCUGAGCCUAAACAAUUUCUCAUCCACAGACAGGAAUAUCCAAAAUCUGAUCUCGUUCUGCCCCGUACUGAAAGAUUUGAUAUUAACUACUUUUGAGGGCAUCAACCAACUAAACAUUCAAGCUCCUAAGCUAGAAUAUCUUCGUGUUUAUGGGGACUUUGAAGACAUUAAUUUGGAGGCCCCUAAUCUAAAGGUGGCCAUCCUCUAUCUAGGUCACCAAGCUAAAGCAUAUCAAUCUGUUCCAAUUGUGCAUGACAAGGAAAACCAUAUCAAGAAGUCAUUGGGAGGCCUAAGUGAGAUCAAAAUACUUGGAAUCACUGGUAGUUUCAUGAAGUAUCUAUCAAAAGGGCGUAUACUUACAAAGCUCCCUUCUGUGUUUACUCGGCUCGAGAAUAUUUAUCUUAAUAUAUGCUUUUGGGACCGGAGGCAAGUCUUUGCUGCUUAUUCAUUAUUUCAGAAUGCCCCCAACUUGAAGAAGCUUGCGGUGUGGGUACGUAUGAGUUACCCUUCGAGCACAUGGGAUCAGUGUCAGGCGAGGAUUCUAGAGCAUACGCUGCAAAUGCAAAUGGACCAUCUCGUGACGGCUAGUGUUGGAUGCUUCCGGGGUCUUGACAACGAAGUCGAUUUCGUGGGAAAGUUACUGAGUUGGGCACCUGCUCUGGAAGAAGUGAAGAUAGAAUGGAAGGGCGAAACAGACUGCAGCAUGGUUUUUGCCAAGCUAUUAGCUAUGCCGAGGGUGUCUGCCAGGGCCAAGGUCAUUGUUACAUUUUGAUAAGCAUGCUGCCCCAUCACCUGCUCUGAGUUCAUGCGAAUGUACCACCUACGACUAGCUGGUGGUUAUAUGUGUGCAUCUAAUACAAAUCAUCAGGUGGAGGUAGUGUGUGUUGUCGAGGACAUUUUGUGGGAGUAUUUAAUGUGACACCAGCAUGUGUUUUUCAUAUGAAACACUUGAGGAAGUUUUCCAUCA